AGAAGUGCAAAAAUUAAUAAUGUCCUUCGUCGUUGCCAUACUGGUAGGAGUAAUAGCAACUCUUGCUGCUUAUUUGUGGCUAAAAAUACAGAGAGGAAACAAUAAGUUGAAAUGGAUACCAGAGGCUCCUGGAUUACCCCUAAUAGGAAACGUGCUUGAGCUACAAAAAUCCACUGAGAUUUUGAACAAACUUUUAAAUCAUUGCCAACAAAACAACGGCUUGUGCACUAUUAGAAUACUCACGGAAAAAUAUAUAGUAGUUUCUGAUCCGGAAUUUUUGGAAUUUUUGUUGGGCAAAUUGGAUAUAUUGGAUAAAACUGACGAAUAUCAAUACCUGGACAAUUGGCUUCUCUCCGGAUUACUUACUGCAAAAGCUGAUAUAUGGAAAACAUCCAGGAAAAUGUUGACUCCAACUUUUCAUUUUUCCGUAUUAGAAAACUUCAUAGAAACCUUCAAUUUGAACACAAACAUAUUAGUCGAAUUACUGAGCAAAGAAGUGGAUAAAGACUACUUUAACAUAGCUCCUUUUAUUACUAUGGCAAGCUUGGAUAUUAUUUGCGAAACAACUAUGGGAGUUUCCAUCGACGCGCAGAAAAAUCCCAAAUCGGACUACACCGUCGCCGUGAAAGGAAAAUGCAAGCUGCUCGUAGACAGGACAUAUUCAGCGUACAAAAGAUUCGAAAUCCUCUAUCCGUUGUCAAAAGACUAUUACUUAGAUAAGAAAUACAACAAAACAUUACAAACGUUCACUAUAAAAGUCAUCAACGACAGAAAAAACGAAUUGAAGAACGCCACAAAGAAAAAUGAAAACAAAACCAACGACGAAGACAUGGGUAUAAAGAAGAGGAAAGUGUUCCUGGAUUUGCUCUUGGAAGCCACCAUCAACGGAAGGCCUCUAUCUGAAGAAGAGAUCAGACGGGAAGUCAACACCUUCAUGUUUGCUGGACACGAUACCACCAGCUCUUCCAUUAAUUUCACUCUAUACUGUUUAUCGUUGCAUCCAGAAGUACAAAAACGAGCAGUGGAAGAACAAGAGCGAAUUUUCGGAGACGAGCAACACAGACCUGCCGCUUACAGGGACUUGCAGGAAAUGAAAUAUCUGGAAAUGGUGAUCAAAGAAUCGAUGCGAAUGUACCCGCCGGUGCCCUACAUCGGUCGUAAAACGAGCAAAGACAUUCCCUACAAAAACGAAGUAAUUCCAGCGAACACCAGCAUACUGGUAAUGAUUUUCUGCGCCAACAGGAACCCCAAGUUUUACCCCCAACCGGACAAGUUCGAUCCGAGCAGAUUCGAGGAGUCCAAAGUGCAGUCCCAAUACAGUUAUCUACCGUUCAGCGCUGGCCCGAGAAAUUGUAUAGGUCAAAAGUACGCUAUGAUGGAGAUGAAGGUGGUGCUGUCGGUAUUAUUGAGGAACUUCGAGUUCUUGCCAUCAGGAAUGGACCUGACGUUGGCAGCUGAGGCAGUACUGGACUCUUUGAACGGGGUGAAUUUGAAAAUAAAACGAAGAGAAAAAUGGAACGAAAACUAAUAUUUGUAUGUUUAGUGGAUUAUGAUGUAAUCGAUGAUUUGUGUUAUUUUUGUAUUUUUGUACUUAUGUGUUAAUCUUUUAUAUUUGGUGCUUUAAUAAACGAAUGAGUAAAUAACUAUUUCUUUACAAGCAA